AUGCGAUCUACCUUGAAAAUUGCUGCCGUGACUUUGGCAAUCACCGCUCGAGCCCAGCCAGUGCUGCCCGCGGAUCCCACAAUCACGUCCCCUCCCACAGAACCUUUGCGUGACUUCAAGGCUCAGGCAGGCCGCCCAGCCGACUUUGCUAUUACACAAGGUCCCAGCAAUGCCGAACUCUACCAACGGCAGAAUGGCGCAGACUUUGUUGGAUACACUUUGAGCGGAUCUACAUAUCUGUCGGUGACCUGCCCGAGCGGCAACAUCUUCCUUACAAAUGCGAACUACGCUUUGUGCGGAACGGCAGGGCAGAGUCAGGUUCCGACUGCCUGUAGAUCGAAUAGCGUCCUGGUCUACUCUGCAACCGUUCGUACAUGCUCCCAGGGCACCGGGUGCAGCCCAGACUGGUACUACGACAGCACCGAUGACAAGUCGGCAAAGGCAAUGUACGGCUGCGGUACGGCAGCAGAAAGGACUUUCUACAGAACAGUCAAGACCAGCACGACGACAACAUCGAAGGCGGCGACAACAACCUCAAAGCCAGCAACGACAUCACAAGCAGCGACCACGUCGCAGCGGACAACGUCGUCUUCGAUACCUCCGCCGCCAUCUUCUUCUUCUUCGUCGUCGACGACCUCGAGCGCCCCUCCACCCUCCUCGUCUUCCGAAAAGAAGGACCCCCCUACGUCAACCCGCAAAGACGAGCCGUCCGCAGAGCCUACAACGGAGCAGCCCAAGAGCUCCAAGGCGCCCGACCCCGAAACAACAAAACAAGAUACUGUACCCACGACGACAAAAGGAUCCAAUAGCGAAGUCUCCAAUGCCGGUAGCUCGCUGGUACCCGUGGAAACAAUCAAUGUCACGCAGACCAGAACCGUCAUGUCAACAGCGACUUCCACGGACACGCCCGGCGGCGAUGUCGUGGAGAACAAGUCCGGCACGGACUCUGACAGCUCCAACUCCAACAGCACCUCCUCCAACAACGGAGGCGGCAGCAGCGAUAGGAAGGACCAGGCAUGGAUCGCCGGGCCCGUCGUCGGCGGCGUCGGCGCCAUUGCCGCCGUGGCCGCACUGUUCUUCGUCGUGAGGCUCCUCCGCCGCAGAUCCGCAAAGGAGGACGAGAGGGCUGCCCAUAUCGAGGCGUCCAUGCACGAGAAGCCCACCGACCACUCCCCAGUCUCCCCCAUGACGUCCGCGUCGCCCCAUCAGACCAUACGGUCGUCCGAGCUGCCGGCGUACCGCCAGGUAUCUCCGCCGUCGGAGCUGCAGCAGUCGGUUUACUCGGCGGAGCUGUCUGGGUGCUCAUCACCGCAGCAGAGCCGGGUGCAGUCUGCGGAACUGCCUGCGUUUAUGGUCCCUCCGCAGCCACCUCAGCCGGUGGCUUCCGCAGAGCUGCCGGCGUAUCGGAUGGCAUCGCCUCCGGUAGAACUGCAAGGGGGAGCGCCCCAGGGUGGUGCUCCUCAUGGUGGCCAGUAUCCUCCUGGACAUUGGCAGUCGCCAGGUGAUUUUGGGCGCCGUUAG